UUUACAAUCGCUCUCAGACUUUUCUCAGUUCGUAAUUCGUCUACUGGUGAAAAGAAAAACACACGAUGAAGUACAGCAAAAUGCCGAGCGUUAAGGACGACUCCGAACCAGAAGGAGAGGAGAUGUCGCAUGACAGUAAUGAGAGCAACCAAAGCUCUGCUUCGUGCGACAGUAGUGCGGAGCAUACUGACAGCGAUGAUUCCUCAGAAAUGGAUGAGGACGAGUGUGAAAGAAGACGCAACGAAUGUAUGGAAAAUCUCUUGGAUUUGGAACGACAGUUUACUCUUCUAAAGGAACAAUUGUAUCGAGAGAGAAUAACGCAAGUGGACACAAAACUUGGAGAGGUUCGUGUUGGGAAAUCUGAAGAGUAUCUAAUACCGUUGGAACAACUGAAGGAAAGCAUGAAGACAAAAACGGAAGUGGCUGGAAUAUUGAAGCAAUACAGAUUGCAAAAUAUUCAGAACAAAUUUCUGGCGGAAGAGCAAGCUGCUUUGCAAAAUUUCGAGAGCGAGAAAGAACUGAUCUGGGACUGCAUUCAUAACGAUCUCCAGGAGAAGAUUCGCCGUUUGGAAGAGGAUAGAAAUAAUAUAGACAUUCACGCGGAUUUGUGGCUCAACACAACCGGAAGAAGACGCAGAAAUCAUUCCGAGAGGAGACGAGCUGUUUCCGUAGUAGGUCCUUACAUUGUUUACAUGCUUAACGAUGCGGAUAUAUUGGAGGAUUGGGCGUUGAUCAAGAAAAGUUUGAGUAGUCGAAAGACGGAAAUCAUGUAAACUCUUGACACAUAUAAAAAAGUAAGUUCAGAAAGAUGUAUGUAUCCGUCUCUCUAAUCGCGAUAUUUCGUCCAAUUGGAGGUGAUCUUAAACGGAAUCAAGAUAAAAUUUCCACUUGUGACAUUUUUUGUGUCUAACUUCUGUGUAGUGUGCCUUGGAAGAAAGCAAGAUAUCAAGUUUACGGAUGUACUUCUGGUAUACUAGUACAGAAGAAUUCUGUAACUCUGUUGUUGAAACCGGACAAGUAUAUUUAAAACUCUGAAGUAGAUAAUGAUUUAUAAAUUCUUAUUGAAACGACAAUUCUGUAAAAUCACUUUGCCAAAAUAAGUGAUUCGUCGUUUGAUACGCAGUUUUCUGAUUAGCUAUUUUCCUCUAGUCUAUUUUUAUUUUUUGUUGAAAUGUGCAACCAUGAAUAUCGAUGACAUUUGGUUAAUUUUAAAAAGUAUGUUAUGUUUAUUUACUUUUUUUUUUUUAGUCAGAAUUACAAAUUGUAUUUUCAAACGCCAAAAAAAGGCAUGAACUUAAUGUAGUUCGAGUGAAUAAUCUGUUUCGAAGCGACUUAUCCUUUAUCAUCGAGCGAGCAGUGUCUUGCUCGCGAUUACAGAAUUUAAUUUCACAUGAUGAACCAUAAGUUCUGCAUAUGCUGCACAAGAAUGUACAGUCAAAUUAGUAUUAAUCGAUGAUGAGGCCUCAGCGGACUUGUUCUGUAAUUUUUCUCCAUGUUCUACAGGGACAUAAACGCGUGCGUCGUUCUUGCACAGACAAGUGAUUGCGCAAUGAUGUAGAAUUAUCGUAUAAGUUAUGGAAUAAGAAAGCAGAUUUUGUUAAAUUUUUUUCUGAGAACAAACUGAUUGAAUCGACUUUACACAAUUUAACUGCCUCACAGCUGAAAACUUUCGAGCGUUUUUCAUUUAUUUUCAAACGUGUAUGUAAAACCUGUGCGCGUGCGCGUGUGCGUAUGUGUGUGUGCGUGUGUGUUG